AUGGCGCAGGCCGCGAUGCUCGGCGAGGUGACCCAGGUGCUGUGCGCGGCCGGGGGCGCCCUGGAGCUGGACGAGCUGCGGCGCCGCGUGCGGGGGGCCGUCGGCGCGGACGCCCUGGAGCGGCUGCUGCGGGAGCGCCGGCGCCUGGUGGUGGCGCGGCGGGCGGGCGCGGGCGGCGCGGCGGCCGCCGAGCGGGUGGUGCUGGCCGCCUCGGAGCUGCGCCUGUGCCGCGCGCACCAGGGCUCCAAGGCGGGCUGCGCCGGGCCGUGCGCCGAGCUGCACCUCUGCAAGUUCUUGAUCUACGGCGCCUGCAAGUUCCUGAGGGCCGGGAAGAACUGUAGGAACAGUCACAACUUGUCGAGUUCUCACAACCUGAGCGUGCUGAGAACCCACGGCGUCGACCACCUCAGCUACAGUGAACUCUGCCAGCUUUUGUUUCAGAAUGACCCCUGCCUUUUGCCUGAGAUCUGCCAACAUUACAACAAAGGAGAUGGCCCCUACGGCUCGUGUUCCUUUCAGAAGCAGUGCAUCAAGCUGCACAUGUGCCAGUACUUCUUACAGGGCGAAUGCAAGUUUGGCACAGGCUGCAAGAGAUCUCACGAUUUCUCGAAUUCUGAGAAUCUGGGAAAACUGGAGAAGUUGGGCAUGAACUUGGACCUGGUGAGCAGACUGCCUUCCAUCUACAGAAAUGCUCAUGACAUCAAGAACAAGGACUCCGCCCCCAGCAAAGGCCCUCUUGUCCCACCGGCCCCACAGCGUACCUCUGAAAGAAGAGACAGUUCAGGUUCUGGGUCCUCAAACACUGCUAGCCAAGAGGAGAGUGAAGAGAUUUGCUUAUACCACAUCCGGAAAAGUUGUAGCUUUCAAGAUAAGUGCAAUAAAGUUCAUUUCCAUCUGCCAUAUCGAUGGCAGUUCUUGGAUGGAGGCAAGUGGAAGGAUUUGGACAAAAUGGAGCUUAUUGAAGAGGCAUAUAGCAGUCCCAGUAAAGACAGGAUCCUUUGCGCUGAGUCUGCCAGUAGCUUUCACUUUGACUGCCUGAACUUUAACAUCAUGAUGUUUGGCACCGCCCAGGCUCGCCGCCUCUCCACGGCCUCCUCGGUCACCAAGCCCCCACACUUCAUCCUCACCACUGAGUGGGUUUGGUACUGGACUGAUGAGUUUGGUUCUUGGCAGGAAUAUGGAAAACAGGGCAUGGAGCACCCUGUGACCACCGUCAGCAGCAGUGAUGUGGAGAAGGCCUACCUGGCAUAUUGUGCACCGGGAUCUGCCUCUGAAGCGGCUAUCCUGAAGUUCCAGGCUGGGAAGCACAAAUACGAGUUAGACUUCAGAGCCUUUGUUCAGAAAAACCUGGUCUAUGGCACCAUCAGAAAGGUUUGCAGGAGACCCAAAUUUGUGUCUCCCCAGGAUGUGAAGGUGAAGCAGACCUGUGACGUCAAGUUGCAAGGCCCAAAGAACAUCCCAGAUCAUUGGGACCUGUCGGCCCUGCCGGACCCAGGCUUUAAGAAGAUUGCCCUCAGCUUGUCCUCGGAGGAGUACCAGAAGGUGUGGAGCCUCUUCAACCACACCCUGCCCAGCUACUCUGUGCAGAAGAUCGAGCGUGUCCAGAACCUGGCCCUUUGGGAAGUCUUCCAGUGGCAAAGAGGGCAGAUGCAGAAGAGAAACGGAGGGAAGACGGUGGAUGAGAGGCAGCUGUUCCACGGCACCAGUGCCAGCUUUGUCGAUGCCAUCUGCCAGCAGAACUUCGACUGGCGAGUCUGUGGGCUCCACGGCACAUCCUACGGCAAGGGAAGCUACUUUGCCCGGGACGCCGCGUAUUCCCACCACUACUGUAAGUCCGACACAAAGUGCUACACCAUGUUCCUGGCUCGGGUGCUGGUGGGCGAGUUCACCCGAGGCAGCCCCACCUUCCUGCGCCCCCCCGCCAAGGAGGGCCAGGGGGACCUCUUCUACGACAGCUGCGUGAACAGUACGUCCGACCCCUCCAUCUUCGUGAUCUUCGAGAAACACCAAGUGUACCCUGAGUAUGUCAUCCAGUACACGACCUCGACCGGCUGCUUGGGAGCCGGGGCCACAGUCCCACCGCCCGGCUCCUCCAACCUGCUCUCCUUGGCCUCCCUGGCCUCCUUCUUCGGCGGCCGGCAGUGAGCUCGCGGUGGGGGCGUUUCGGGCCUUUCUGGCGUGUCUUCCUUGCAGUAGCUGUUCAGGAAAGCGCUGUUUUGCUUUUAACAAAAAACUUUUAAUGAACUGUUUAAUGUUGACUUCCCAAUGAAGUUAUAGUCUUUAUCUCGCUGACCAUAGUGUCCACUUUUAAGUCAUUUUGGGCUCGCUGGUGAUGUGACUGGUGGUGAUUGUAGAGGAGCCCGUUACUGCCUUUUACUAGGAUGUUCGGGUUUUAUUUUGUACUCUGUUGACUUUGUGGCUGAUGAGCACUAGGCACAGAGUUUCUAGAUUUUAUCGAUUGAUUUUAAUUUUUAAGAGUUUCUGUCUCUUUAGUGAUUUACUUUUUGGGGGUGUCAGUGGGCUCUAUUUUUGUCCAAAUGAUGAAGUAGCCAUUGGUGAGGAAAACUUCUCUGUGGGGCCCAGGGGAGCAUGGGCCCUUGUGUAGCUGUGCUGCCUCUCCUGGGCUUCUAGACUUGGAAUUGGCCCUUAGAUCACGUGGCCAGACAAAUGGCUAUGGGAGGUGAUCAGCGAGUCCCUGCAGGCUUCCUUGGUCCUGGGCUGAGUCCGUGUCAUCUAGAGGAAGCCCGUUCAACUGGCAGGUGACAGGGACCAGUGGCUCCCCAAGAUUCUGGGGCUUGACCCAUGAAUAACUGUCCCUGCACCUCCUCAGCACACAGGACACCCUCUAAAAGUGGUUUUAUGUCCCCAUGAGAUGUGGCCACCUGUGCUGCAAAUGUCACAACAGAGUAUGGAAAUAAAAGAGUAUUUAUCUAAA